AUGGGUUCUCCCUUGAUAGAGGACUUUUCGGAUGCAGCAGCUUUCGUCCAAGAGGACACCUCCUAUACUGAACAGAAUGCCAGCGAAGACGAGGUGGAGCGCAAGAUUGCUGAAGAACACGCCAAAUUUAAAGAGGCAUAUGCAAAGCGCCAGGAAGAGGCAAGCAGAGGGGGCAACAGUCUCCGGGAACCGGGCGCGGCAGCGGUCCGUGCCAGCCGGCCCUGGUCAGCGCCACCUGUGGAGUCUCCUCGACCCGCACAGCAAAAGGAGCGGGAGAGGGAACGAAAGGCACGCGGCUCCAACAGUGAUGUGGAUCUGGAUGGCCCCCGCUCCGAGUACGAGCCACCCGUACGGCCGUACCUGCUGCAAGCACAGGCCUCGGGGAACAACUUGUCGUACCUCUCCCGCCCGCAGUCUGCCGAGCACCGACCAGCUGUAGUCGCCCGCAGCAUCAAUGGCCACCAGCCCAACCGCGUCUCCCUGUCCGGCAUCGAGGAGGAGGCGGGCGAGGGCUCUACCUGGGACUCGCGCCAGGCGUCGGAAAUGGGCCGCCUGAGGGGCACCUGGGGGGACGGCGCGUCCCCUUACUUGAGUGGUGCACGCGACGACGAUGACACCGGCCGCGACCCGUUUGUCAGUAUGUUGCCGAAGGUGGAGACUUUGAUGGAGGAAGAUGAAGGCGAGCUUCCGGAUCGAGAUGGGACCAUUCCUGAGGAAGACGAGGAGGCGGUCGAGGAGGAGGAGGGGGAUGAGGAGCGAGGGGGUAGCAAGGCAGAAGGGCUGGGGGGGAGGGGAGGUGGGAAGGAGCAGGGGUUGCGGAAGGAAGGGGCGGAAGGGCCGGGUGAUCCCGUGGUCGAUUCUCGAUGGGUUGCGGAGCCGAGCGCGGAGGAGGUGGUUGAGGAUGAGGAUGAGGUGGGCAGCACCGGCGCCGGCGGCGGUCUCGAGAGUGGCGAUGCGGAGGAAAGGUCUCCGCGCCGGCGGCAGCAGCAGCAGCAGCAGCUACAACCUCGUGCAGCAUCACAGGAUGGAAGAGGCAGCAGCGGUGUGGCCAGUGGUCCAAUUGCUACCUACGGGAAUCAUCAAGGGGACGAGGAGCGAGAUGCUCCGGUUCGCGAGGAUGGAGAGGAGGAGGAGGAGGCGCAGGAAGGCUGGCGGCGGCAGCGGCGAGAAUCCCAGACUAUGGAAGAGGCCGUGUUGUCGGCUCGAGGUGCCCCAUCGGUGGGAGCGUCGUCGGCGGUGUCGCACGCCCUGGCCAUGCGCGGAUUCGUCGAGCCGUUAAAGUACGACGGGUCGUUUAGCGGCGGCAGCGCCGGCCGGCGCUCGCCGGCAGCGGGCCGGAUGGCGUCCAGGACGCGCGACGGGGACGAGGAGGAGAAUGAGUACGCGGAGGACAGCUUUGAGGAGGAUGAGGAGCUAGAAGAGCAAGACCGUGACGGUGAUGGCGAAGCGCAGGGGCAUGAGGGCCGAGAGCAGAUGGACGCCGCACCGUCUCUGGAACCAUUGCUGUCACCGUCUGGCGAGGGCUCCUUGCUGCGCGCUUCACCGUCGGCCUCCAAGGCGCUUCUGUCGUCGUCGAUGCGCUCCAGGGCGGGGUCGGCGGUGCUGGCGCCCUUGUCGAAGGAGUCGUCGCGGUCGAUUUCUGUUACGUCGCCGGUGCCCUUCCACGCACCGCUACAACCGCUGUCAGGGCAUCAGAGCGUAGCCGCAGAGGCAGGGAACGACAGCCCCGAGGGCGCUCCACUGCCGUCACCGUCUGCAACGGCACCGCCGUCCUUGCCGCCCAUCUUUAGGGUUACGGGUAGCGGAGCCGCUGACACGGCGUCCGUCGCAGAACAGCUAUCUGGGCGCGCGCCGCUAGCGGCCAGCAACAGCCACCGCAGCAUCAGCAGCAACGGCUCCGUCAUUCCCACGCCUUCGGCGCUAGCUCCGCUGCCGGCGCCGCAACCAGCGCUGUCGGAGCUACAGCCGUCACAGCAGUUUGCGCUACAGCUGCUCAAACACGAUAUUGAGGUGUUGCCGCAGCAUCAUCGCGCGGCGGCGGAGGCAGCGGCGGCGCGGCGGAAGUCGUCGACGGUGCGUCCCGCUGGCGCCAGCCUGGCGGCGUUUGGCUACCUGGGCUACCACCUGGUGAGCGAGAAGCUGACGGCGCCGUCGGGGCCUGCCUUUAGGAGCGUCUCACCGGGCCGGGGGACUUCCCCUGGACGCGGCGAUGGCGGCCUGAACGGCAGCCCGUCCCUGAUAGCAACGCGCACCUCGGGCCCCAUGGAGACGGCAGCGUCAGCGCGCAGUGGCGGCAGGCCCACGUCUGCGCCGCACAUGCGCCCUUCCUCGGGAGUCGUGGGUCCAGAGACCAAAGCCGCCAAAGGCGAUGAAGGCAGCUGCAGUGUUGGUGAUGGCGGUGCUGCUGCUGCUGCAGCAGCGACGGCGGCGGUCGAGGGAGGAGGAGCAGGGGCGCCGUCGGGUUCGGGCUUUGUGGAUAUGGCGCGGGAGAUGCGGGCGGGACGUCUGCUGCCGCCGGUCGUAGUGCCGUCGACGACACCUCGAGGCGGCGGAGGCGGCAACGACGAGGGCCCCGCGGUGCCGAGCGAGAACUCCGUGUCCGUGAUGGGGGAGAGCGCGAUCAACGAGGCCGUGUCACAGAGCCGCAUGAAGUUCGACGUCUGGCUGGACGCGCUGAGCGGUGGGGGCCCUGCAGCAGCGGGUGCCGCCGGCCCGUCGUCCAACCUAAGUGUGAGCGGAGGGGAGACGGAACGGUCCGCGAACCGCGGUGACGCCGCUGCCGCCGCCGCCGCCGGUCAUCGGCCGCCGCGGCCCAUGACUGCACCCGCCAGCGGCCGCCGGCGGCCUGUCUCAGCACGUCCUGCCGGUAACGCCGCCGGAAUAUACAUGCCGGCGCCAGCGGUGGUCACCGUUCCCAAGCCGCUUGUCAGACCCAUGUCCGCCCAGCCGCACCACGUAAGGCCCACAUCCGCCUCGAUGAGCCGCGGCGGCGGCGGCGGCGGCAUCGGUGCCAACUUCGAUGGCAGCUUUGAGCCGCCCAUUCCCCUGACGUUUCAGCCUCCGGACGCCGCCUCCGCCGCCGGCGGCACCGCCGCCGUCGAGGUGGGCGGUGUCACGGUUAGCGUUUACGUGGCCGAUACGCUGAAGCGUAUCGUUGAGGCGAAUCGCUGGCUGCAACAGCUCGGCCUGGCGACCAAGCGAUACCGUCUGAAGGACCGCUUCUCCAACAUGACGAUCCAGAUGGUGGAGGAGUUGCCACCGCUGCCGUCGGAGCUGGCGUUUGGAGGAGGGAAUGACGGCGGCGCGGCAGCCGUUAUAAAGGAACUGACGUUGAAGCAGUUUCUGUCGGGUCACUCCAAGUUGAAGCAUCAGGCAAGAAAACUGCGCAACGCCGCCGCCGCCGCCGCGGCGCAACAGCAGCCGCCGGUCGGGAGUCUCGCCAACGGUGCCGUGUACGGCAUACCUGAGUUCGGCAGCGGGCGGCCUAGCAGGCCCAUAUCGGCGUCGUUUGCAAGCGUCUCGGGGGCAGGGGCCCUGACAACCCCACGGGCACGGCCGUCAUCCGCGAUGCCGUAUAACGGCGGCCGUACGACGUCUGGCAGCGCCGGCGGCGCGGACCCACUGGUGUACGGUGCUGGUAGCUUGGCUGGUACCGGGGGAGGCGGCGCGGCGGCGCAAGCGGGUUUUCAGACGGGACGUCGUGUACGGCCGAGCAGCGCCAAUCCCUCAUAUGGCAGGACUUCGGCGUUCGGUCCGUACAACUCGGGCUCAUCGCCGCCUGCUGCUCCGAGCAGCCCCUUCAUGCACAGCGCCUACGCGGCCCACGCCGCCGCCGCAGUUAUCGUACCUACCACAACCAAGCCCCCCGUCAGCGGCGGUGCCACCGCCGCCGCCGCUGGCGGAGCUGCCACCGCUGGCUUCCCACAACCCCGUGCCGCCUGGGGCGCUACUACUACCGCUAACCCCAGCGGCAGUGGCUACCCUUCUUACCAAGGGCAUCCCGCCACAAGCGGCCGCAGUAGCGGCGUCAGCGCCGGCAACGGCCUGCCGUACAUGCACCGCUCGACAGCACCUCGGAGCCCCGCGGCGACGGGUUCCGAUCCUGACCACACGCACACGAACAUAAACGACGACAAUGACUCGGAGCAGGCCCUGGUGGUUGAGCCGGACGAGCAAGGUGACGUGUCGCGUGCCCUACGACAGCAGCUAGGCAGCGCCUCAGACUACUGCCAAGCCCGCCGUCAGGAGAUUGCGCGGCUCCGUACGCUGCCCUUGGCGUAA